GGGCGUGGCCAGCCCUCACAGAGGCGUGGCCAACCAGGUGAGCCUCUGUCUUAACCUGUUCUUCUGCUCCUCCGAUUUUACUCUUGCAAGACCUUCUAACUGCAAAGAUGCCUGUCGUCAUUUAUUUCACCAGUGUCAGUGGAUGCAAUCAGACAAAAAAGAAUCAGACCAGCAUCUUCCAGCACCUGGACUCGAAGAACAUUCCAUACAAAACGGUGGACAUCAGCCAGAGCGCUGAUCUGAGGACGGAGAUGAGGGACAAGAUGGGGAAUCCCAAAGCCUUGCCUCCCCAGAUCUUCAACGAUGACACCUACUGUGGGGAUUACUCCAUGUUCUUCGAAGCUGUGGAGGCUGAAAACGUCAAAGAAUUCCUUAAGCUCAAGUAGCUGUCUGAAUGUCAGACCUGUCUGUCUGUCUGCAGCGCUGAAAUUGGCUGGACAGUGCCUCAAUGUGCAAUGGAAUAAUAAAAGCUGUUCACCAAAA